AUGAGCAAGUAUGUUCUCGUCUUAAGACAGGAAGUUGCCACUCAACAAAUUAUACAGAGUCAGAGAGAUGCAGGGUAUGGAAAUGGAACUUCGGAAGAGCAGAGAGACAUUCUCUCAGGACGUCAUGACCCAAAUGCUAUAAAGGAGCAUCUACUUAAAAUGACUAAUGAGCAUCGUACUCAAAUGGCUCUAAAGCGUGGAAAAUCUACCUUAGCUGAGGAAGGUAACUUGGAAAUUGGAAAUGGAUACGGUGUUCCGGGUGGAGGUGCUUAUCAUGUUACUUCAAAGGCCAAUAUCACUGCCACCGUUGAUGAUCAUCAAACAAGCCAAAGAAAUACAGAGCAUGGUGCUGAAUCCAGGUUGAAGCCUGUGGGUAAGGAGUUGCCUGAAUACCUCAAGCAGAAAUUGAGAGCCAGAGGCAUAUUGAAAGAUGAUCCAAAAAUUAAUAAUCAAGCCCUACCUGAUAAUAGUACAGAAGCUGUGUCAUCUCAGAACAUGGCAAUUGGGAAGCUUCCUCCAGGAUGGAUUGAGGCAAGGGAUCCUGCAAGUGGCUCUUUCUAUUAUUAUAAUGAAAAUUCUGGGACAAGUCAGUGGGAAAGACCAACCGAUGCUGCACCCAUGUUUCCAGCAGCAUCACAUUCAGAACUUCCAGAAGAUUGGCAAGAGGCGGUGGAUGAAAGGACUGGUCAAACUUAUUAUUACAACAGGAUGACCAAUGCAUCACAGUGGGAGCGCCCAGGAACAUCACCUAAAAUCUCCUCUCAUCCUCAGGGUGAUAAAUCAUCCAUAUCAAAUAAAUGCAUGGGAUGUGGUGGAUGGGGUGUAGGCCUCGUACAGACAUGGGGUUAUUGCAGUCAUUGCACUCGGGUUCUGAAUCUUCCUCAAAGCCAAUACUUGUCGACACAGCCGGAAACCAGGCAGCAUGGCUCCAAUGCUGUGAAAACUGGAGAAAUUUCGGACAAGGGAUUUUCCAAGCCGAGGUCUAACAUGAAACCACCAAUGGGAAGAGGACAUAAAAGAGAUACUAGAAAACGUUCAUAUUCUGAGGAUGAUGAGUUGGAUCCCAUGGAUCCAAGCUCGUAUUCUGAUGCUCCGCGUGGUGGUUGGGUUGUAGGCCUGAAAGGAGUACAACCACGGGCUGCAGACACCACUGCCACGGGUCCUCUCUUUCAGCAACGUCCUUACCCAUCUCCUGGAGCAGUCCUGCGGAAAAAUGCUGAAAUUGCUUCACAAAAGAAGAAGCCUAGUUCUAAUUUUGCUCCUAUAUCUAAGAGAGGUGAUGGAAGUGAUGGACUUGGUGAUGCUGACUGAACACGCUUGAGAAUAUCAUGUGUUCUGGACUUGGUUUGUAGCUUGCCUCUAUUGUAGUGUUUCUUUAAUUUAGUAUGUAAAAGAGACCACUUUAGCUUUGAACAUUCGUGCCUACUUUCCUAUCUUUUCAAUGGAGGAGAGGGGUUAUUUGAAGUUCUAUGAAAUGUGAGGAUUUUGGAAAUUUUGCAGAGAAACUUUUGAGACUACGUUGGCAACAUGCUAGGAUGACAGAGCAUUCUUGUGUAUUCCAACCCAAAGUUUUAUGAGAAAUAUGCUUCUGAGACAA